UCUGACAAAUUUUAGAGAAAAUUUGAAAAUUUGCAAUGCCAAGUCACCAAUUCGUUGUGAACAUUCAUUCUUAGUUGUAUCAGAAAAUAAAAAUAUUAAAAAUAAAAACAGAAAAUAGAACGUAUGUAAAAACAGCCAUUAAAAAAAAAAAAAAAUCCCUGGCUCAAUCGCUCCCACCUGAAACUGAAAGCGUUUUUUCAUUUUCAUUGCCGCAAUGUUCAUGCUGGUGGAUUGCUCCAACUGCCGCACGCCGCUGCAGCUGCCCUACGACGCCAGAUCCAUCCGCUGUGCCAUCUGCCACGCCGUCACCUACAUCGCCGACCCCCGCUCCGCCCCUCCGCCUUCUCACGCGCCGUCGCCGCACGCCCAUUCGCCUCCUCCGGCUCCGUCCCCGUCUCCAACUCCAUAUGGCCAUGCGCCGCCGGGGCCGCCGCCGCAGGCCCACGGCCGGAAGAGGGCGGUGAUCUGCGGCAUAUCGUACAGGUACUCGCGGCACGAGCUCAAGGGGUGCAUCAACGACGCCAAGUGCAUGCGGUAUCUAUUGAUCAAUAGGUUUCAAUUCCCUGAGGAUUCGAUUCUCAUGCUUACUGAAGAAGAAAGUGAUCCUUACAGAAUUCCUACCAAGCACAACAUAAUGAUGGCAUUAUUUUGGCUUGUACAAGGCUGUCAGCCAGGUGACUCCUUGCUGUUUCACUAUUCUGGUCAUGGUUCUCGGCAAAGGAACUAUAAUGGUGAUGAAGUUGAUGGAUAUGAUGAAACUUUAUGUCCACUGGACUUUGAAACUCAGGGUAUGAUUGUUGAUGAUGAGAUCAAUGCAACAAUUGUCAGACCUAUUCCUUAUGGAGUUAAGCUUCAUGCAAUAAUAGAUGCUUGCCAUAGUGGCACUGUGCUGGAUUUGCCAUUCCUUUGCAGAAUGAGAAGGGGUGGGCAGUACAAAUGGGAGGAUCAUCGUCCCCGAUCAGGUUUGUGGAAAGGAACAAAUGGUGGAGAAGUCUUUUCUUUCAGCGGUUGUGAUGAUGAUCAAACUUCUGCAGAUACAUCUGCUCUUUCAAAAAUAACUUCAACUGGAGCUAUGACUUACAGUUUUAUCCAAGCAAUUGAGCGUGGUCAGGGAACUACAUAUGGAAGCAUACUAAAUUCAAUGCGUUCAGUUAUUCAGAGUACAGGUAGCAACCCCGUUGGUGGUGUUGCAACUGCUCUAGUUACCUUGAUUUUGAGCAGUGGUCUUGAAAUUGAUGGUGACGGCCUGAAACAGGAACCACAGUUAACUGCAUGCGAGCCGUUCGAUGUUUAUACGAAGCCUUUUGUCCUAUGAUCUUUAGUUAUAUUUAGAGAUUUAUCAGAUUAAGAGGAAUUGUAUUGUAAGAAGGGUCUUGCUUUUGCCAGCCUCUCUCUCUCUCUCUCUCUCUCUCUGUAAAAAAUGUGUAUGUACGAGUUUGGGUGCAUAUAUACAUACAUUGUUGUCUAAGAUUAAGUUUGUUGUUUUGAUUGA